UUUCGUGAAUCUUUCUAAUAUGUUACGUUGGUUGAAGGCUGAUAACGAACGAUCUAAAAAGACAGAGACCUUCCGCAACAUAUCAGAUGGACUAGAAGAGAUCUAUCUGGACAAGUUACUCCCUAUAGAGGAAUACUAUGACUUCCACCGCUUCUAUUCGGCCCCUCUAACACCAGCUGACUUCAAUGCUAAACCAAUGGUGAUGUUAAUAGGACAGUAUUCUACUGGAAAGACUACAUUCAUUAGACACCUCUUAGAAAGGGACUAUCCUGGUAUGAGGAUUGGACCAGAGCCUACUACUGACAAGUUUUGCUGUAUUAUGGAUAGCAGCAGCUCUGGUGGAGGAGAUCAUGUUAUACCUGGCAACGCAUUGGUAGUGGACCGGACACUACCAUUCACACAGCUCAGUCAGUUUGGUAAUGGUUUUAUGAAUCGUUUUGAGGCAUCGAUGAUGGAGGGAUCACCAGUACUACAGGGUGUGUCAUUCAUUGAUACACCCGGUAUUCUAUCAGGGGAGAAACAGAGAUUGCAAAGAGGUUAUGAUUUCGAAGGUGUUGUCAACUGGUUUGCUGAUAGAGUGGAUAUGAUAUUACUACUUUUUGAUGCUCAUAAGUUGGAUAUAUCUGAUGAAUUCCGUCGAUGUAUUCUAGCAUGUGGUCAGAAUGAGAAUAAAAUAAGGAUUGUUCUCAACAAGAGCGAUAUGGUCACUACUCAGCAGCUUAUGCGGGUGUAUGGUGCUCUUAUGUGGUCCCUUGGUAAGGUUAUAAAUACACCUGAGACAUCGAGAGUUUUCAUCGGAUCAUUUUGGGAUGAGAAACUCAACAACGAUGAGCAACGGAGUCUUUUUGAGAAGGAAGAAUCCGAUCUAUAUGCAGACAUAGCGAAGUUACCUGAAGAGGCUGCCCUCAGGAAACUGAAUGAUCUUAUUAAACGAGCAAGAUUAGCGAAGACACAUGCCUGUCUGAUGACAUAUAUCAAA